AUGACUAUGCUCGCGAUGAGGUCUGAGAGGAGAGAUGAUGAUGUUGAGGUUGAGGCGAGUGAGGUGGACGUGGUGGGUGUUGAAGAACCGGCCCCAGUGGACCUCACGAGGAGGCUAGGCCUCACAAGGCCUGACAGGCCCGCGAUAGCUUUCUCAGUAGAAAACAUCCUGGAUCCGACCAAAUUCACGGGAAGAUCGGAAAUGCUUCGGUACGAUGAAGCGUAUUGGAGACCGCAUUACGACAGAGAUGAUAGCGACUCCGUUAAAGACCACCUUCAACACUCGGAUAUCGAAGCUGAUGAUGUGGAAACAGAUGACCAGACUUCAAACAUGGAUGAUGAGAUAUUAACGCAAUCAGAUUUAGACGAAAACGGAGAUCCAAAGAGUCCUACCAGUUCAAAGAAAUCAAAGAACGGUUCGUCUAGAGACCAGAAAGGAGGCACCAAGCCCAGACGAGCCAGAACAGCUUUCACGUACGAACAGCUUGUGUCCUUGGAGAAUAAAUUUAAGACUACCAGAUAUCUCUCCGUGUGUGAGAGAUUGAAUCUAGCUUUGAGUCUCAGUUUGACGGAAACUCAGGUCAAAAUCUGGUUUCAAAAUCGCCGUACGAAAUGGAAAAAGCAGAAUCCGGGUAUGGAUGUGAAUAGUCCGACCGUACCCCCUCCGCCGGCGGGGGCCUUUCCAUCGGGGGCAUACCCGGGGGGCCUUCUAUACUCCCAUGGGGUUCCAUACCCUUUCACGGGGCCCGGACCUUACGCCCCUUACUUCCACCAUCUAGCUGCGAAUCAUCACCACAGCCAUGGCUCCUUGGGUCAUUCACACACGUGA